ACUUCCUCAAACUCAAAUCAGACCUCCUCCGCUGCAUGUCUUUCAUGUGUUUGCCUCCCCUCCCACCCGAUACUUUUCAAUGCACAAACACGCCGUUGUGGACAGACAGACCAGCUGUGUGGAGCAGAAGUAGCUCGUAGCUAAUGGCAAGUUUGGAGGCCAGUUUAGGACAGAGUGCUCUACAUCGGACACUGUGCGCGGCUAGAGUCACCGCGCUCUUUCUCGCCUUUGCUGCAUGUUUGCCCAGGUGUACAGAAUGUGCGAAGCCAAGCAACAUUGUGGUAAUAGUGACCGACGACCAGGAUGUUCAACUUGGUGGACUGACACCAAUGAAAAAGACUAAAUCACUAAUAGGGGAUGCUGGCGUCACCUUUUCUAAUGCGUUCACAGUAACACCUCUAUGCUGUCCGAGUCGGAGUAGCAUCCUCACAGGCCGGUACCCCCACAACCAUGAGGUCCGCAACAACUCCCUGUCUGGCAACUGCAGCAGUGCUGCGUGGCAGAAGGACUCGGAAUCCCUGGCCUUCCCUGUCUUCCUCAGCAAGGGGGGAUACCAGACCUUCUUUGGGGGGAAGUACCUCAACCAGUAUGGGAAGAAGGAGGCAGGUGGUGCUGACCAUGUGCCGCCUGGUUGGGACCAGUGGAAUGCACUGGUGGGGAACUCUGUGUACUACAACUACUCGCUGUCGAACAACGGCAAAGAGGAGCCACAUGGAGAUGACUACAACAAGGACUACCUCACAGAUCUCAUCUUAAAUAGGUCGCUGCAUUUCCUGGAGGACAGGAGUCCCCAGCACCCCUUCUUCAUCAUGCUGGCCCCCCCGGCCCCCCACUCCCCCUGGACACCGGCCCCCCAGUACCAGAAGGAAUUCGGGGACGUGAAGGCACCACGUGACGGGAGCUUCAAUAAGGCUGGCAAAGACAAGCACUGGCUCUUGCGACAGCCUGUGAGCCCGAUGCCAGAGAGCUCAGUGAACUAUUUAGAUGAUGCUUACCGCAAAAGGUGGCAGACGCUGCUGUCUGUAGAUGACAUGGUGGCGGCCCUGCUGAAGAAGCUGGAUGAGGUGCAGGAGCUCAACAACACAUACAUCUUCUUCCUCUCAGACAACGGGUACCACACAGGUCAGUUCUCUCUGCCCAUAGACAAGAGGCAGCUGUAUGAGUUUGAUAUCCGCAUUCCCCUCAUGGUCCGCGGCCCAGGCAUCAAGGCCAACUACUCUCUCCCCACCCCUGUGCUCAAUAUUGAUCUGGCCCCCACCUUCCUGGACAUAGCGGGAUUCAAUCUCAGUCAAUUCAACAUGGACGGACAGUCUUUCCUACCACAGAUGGCCCCGUCCUUGCGGAAUGGAACUGCCCGAGCCUUCUUCCUCGUGGAGCACACAGGGGAGGGACACAACUCUGAGGACCCUGCCUGUCCAAAGCUGGGGCCUGGUCUGGCCAAUUGCUUUCCUGACUGCAUAUGUGAGGAUGCCUUCAACAACACGUACGCCUGUGUGAGAACUAUAGCCGAUUGCAACCUUCAGUACUGCGAGUUUGCAGACAGUGAGUCCUUUGUAGAGGUGUACAACCUGACGUCGGACCCUCACCAGCUGGAGAACAUCUUGAAGAAAGUGGACCCUGCCCUGCUCCAGACCAUGAACCAGCGCCUCAUAAAGCUCCAGUCCUGUGUGGGCCAAGAGUGCCGGGACGCCAGCAACAAACGAUAGUUAAGAUCUCACCCAUCAAUGGAACCCGAUAACAAAGAGUCCCUCCCUGCCACCACCUGGGCCCGUACUGAAGAUGCACCUAUAGCCAUUCAGAAGACCAAACUGAAGGCGCGUCGAAACCCCAAAGGGAGUUUUUAGAUUGGACUGUUUCACCUUGGAACAGUUUCUAUCGUCACAGUACUAUGGUGGCAUUUUCGUUAGUGUUUUGUUUGCAACCAAACAUUUUUUAAAAAGAGGGGUUUUUUUUUGUUUAAAUCUGGUUCUUGCAGGUUUUACUUUCCGAAUAACCACUGCCCUGUCAAUGUCCUUGCAGUGGGACAAGAGGGAACAACAGUGUGAUGUAGUAUACAGUUGCUUUUGUCGCCGUAGCACUUUCAUUUGGAGUAUGAGAGAUGAGAGUAGUGUGAUGAAGUGAAGCCUUGAUGGUGUUGGUCCUGCUGUAUUUCUUUUGAAGGGAAUGUCUGUGUUUUAUUUACCAUGCAGUCAUCUGUCCUUGUGAGCCCGUCUGUUGCCAUAUCUUUCCAUUUUACUUCUUUUUACACUUCAGUUUUGAGGUCAGGUGUAGACGACGUGCACUCCAAUUGCAUAUUCCAUAGGAACCUGAAGUCUGCUGCCUGGUGUGGUAUGAGCCAAAGUCCCGUUUAUUCUGUCUGUUUUGUUUGUGUUUGGAAUGUAUGUGAUUUUUAAGUGUAUGUGCUGUAGGAGAUUUAAGGGAUAUUUUUUAACAUUAUGCUGAUCCUUUUAUUAAAAUAAUGACUGUGAUUAUGUGCCUUACCCUUUGCACUGAACUAGUAUGGUUGCCUUUAUAUGACGGAAAUGUAUAAAGGAAUUGUGGAAAGAAAUCAAUAAAAAUGAUCAUCAGUAUAAAUUA